GGUUCGUCCGAGGACGAGGCGAGGGAGGGAAAAGGAAAAAAGAUUACUCAGUAAAAGAGAACCAAGUGGAAUCUUGGUUAGAGAUGGUUAAAAAGUAUGUAUGCUGAGAGAGGUAUAGCAGAGACCGUCAAGUGAUCGCGCUUCGACUCCCAUAUCAAACUUCAAAUUUGGAGAACGUAAUCGAAGUGAAUAUUGCGAGUUCUGCAGAGUCUGAUUUCGCCUUCUGAUCUCUGUUAUUUUGGAGGAGCGAGCUGGCGAGAAAGGGAAAGCUUAUGAAGAAAUACCUAGUUCAUAAAAUCUGGCCGCUCGAAGUUAUCGGGGUCCAUAUAUUUCUGAAACUUCAUUUCCAGGAAGUUUGCAUAUGACUAAGAGAUUAUUUUAGAAGCGACGGUAUCAUGAACAAUCCUGUAAAGAACGUUGCGGCAUCGUCCCUUUUGAGCAAUUCCGGAAUCGCCCCGCAGCCUAAUACCACGGGCCAGCCGCCCCAUCUUCUCUCUCAGUCAAAGCCUCAAACACAAGUUGCAUCUCACUUUCCUGGUCACUUUCAGCUUUCUGAGCCCCAAGCCCAGGUUUUUGCUCAUGCACAGUAUCCACAGCCUCAUGUCCGUGUGCAAUCUCAGGCUCCCCAUGCUCAAUUCCAAGGUCAUUUACAACCUCAAACGCAGCCUGUUGUUGCUCAGUUGCAUAGCACUAACACUAACACUGCCAACAUGACUCCACCUUCUGUUUCAACGCCUGUUACUGCAAGUGCCAAGCGGGCUACUCAAAAGCCACCUUCCAGGCCUAGUGGUUCGACCAUUGCUAAUGCAUCUUCACCUUUUAAGACUAUGGAAUUGACCCCUGCUGCCAGGCGGAAGAAGCCGAAAUUACCAGAGAAACAAAUACCGGAAAAGGUGGCUGCACUUUUGCCAGAGUCCGCCCUUUACACUCAGUUGCUUGAAUAUGAAGCUCAGAUAGACGCUAUUUUGGCGAGGAAGAAGAUUGAUGUACGCGAGUCUCUUAAAAACCCUCCAUGCGUUCAAAAAACUCUACGUAUUUACGUGUACAAUACAUUUUCAGAUCAGGCACAAAUAGAUUCUGAGACGAAAAAUGCAGAGGAACCUUCUUGGUCACUUAAGAUAACAGGAAGGAUAUUAGAAGAUGGUAAGGAUCCUGUGGUAGCUGGAAUCUCCCAGAAACCAGGCUCUAUGUACCCCAAAUUUUCAUCCUUUUUCAAGAAAAUGACUAUAUACUUAGAUCAGAGCCUUUAUCCUGAUAAUCAUGUCAUCUUAUGGGAGAGCGCUCGUUCAUCUAUCCAACAAGAUGGUUUUGAGGUAAAGAGGAAAGGAGACAAAGAAUUCACUGCCGUGAUCAGAAUAGAAUUGAAUUAUUUACCUGAGAAGUUCUCGGUUUCAGCACAACUGUCUAAGCUUUUAGGGAUUGAGGUUGAGACUCGCCCAAGAAUAAUUGCUGCUCUUUGGCACUAUGUGAAGUCCAGGAAGCUGCAGAGCCCAAAUGACCCGUCAUUCUUCAUGUGUGAUCCUCCUCUUCAAAGGGUGUUUGGUGAAGAGAAGAUAAAGUUCUCCAUGAUUGCACAGAAGAUAUCACAACAUUUAUCACAACCACAGCCCAUACAUUUGCAGCACAAAAUCAAACUUUCUGGAAAAUCUCCAGCUGGUACUGGAUGUUAUGAUGUGCAGGUUGAUGUGCCUCUUCCACUACAGAAGGAUAUGUCAUCCUUCUUGGCAAGUAUUGAGAGGCACAAAGAGAUAGAUGCUUGUGAUGAAGUGAUCUCUACUGCCAUAAAGAAGAUCCAUGAGCAUCGUAAGAGGCGGGCUUUCUUUCUUGGCUUCAGUCACUCCCCUGCAGAGUUUAUUAAUGCUUUGAUUGGUUCUCAGAGUAAGGAUUUAAAGCUUGUCGCUGGAGAUGCCAGCCAUAAUGCAGAAAGAGAACGACAUGCUGAAUUCUACAAUCAAUCAUGGGUUGAGGAUGCUGUCACUCGCUACUUGAACCGCAAAACGGCUGAAAGUAAUGCUCCCGGGAGCACCUAACACAAUAUUGUAAAAGAAGUGUUAGUUAAAUCCUAACGUUACGCGCUGCUCUCGUUUGCAUUUUGCCUGAACAUGGGCUUCUUCCCUUGUAGACUAGGAAGAGGAUGGGACAUGCAAAAUUGAUGUAAACUUGGGUAGCCUUUGUUUUCUACCCAGCCGAGAGGCAGUAAAAAGAAGAAAAGAGAAACAAGAAUGAACUGGAGUUAGGAAGAAAGAAAGAAUUUAGUGGCGGCAUGUUCUGAUUCUUUUUUUUUUUUUUUUUUGCCCAGCCUGAUUCUGUUUGGUUGAACUAUUGGUGAUGUAACAAAUUGGUUCAUUAAUCAGAAUCUCUUGUCUAGUGAAGCGAUAGACCGAAUUUGAAUCCACUCUUCUGAAGGGUCAACAGCCCUUGAGUUUUAAAUUUUAAUUGGUCACCGAAGCAUCUACGUCUAUCCGUACAUGGCCUUCUGGAGAAGGGCUCCAAUGUAGACAUGUAGUUGAUCAUCCAAGGAGUGGAAAAGUCUAUUCUCGAGCUUCCCAUUGAUGGUGUCGUCCUCCAUCAACAUUGCUAAGCACUGGUGCUUGAGUUCACUCAUUGAAGGGGAGCUGUCUUCAAACUUUUUUUUUUUUUUUUUUACAUCUGAUAGCCCGGCAAACAAUUCCAAAAAUUGUGACCCAAGGCCACUAAUUUACUUUAGAAUUGCCCCA